AUGACUAUCGAGGCAAUAUUUCAAGAACAAAUUCAAGAGCUCAACCUACCCUCAUGGCGCAACCGCGUCCUCGAAAAGCGGGCCGCCCAGUCAGCCCUGAUCCCCUUAGCUUGGCACCUCCCAACAUCCCUCCUAUCAAACCCACCAGCAUCAAGCAUAGAAAACAUCCAUGCAAGCGAUAUUCUCUCCGCCAACGAGCUAGCAUGGACCGGGAAAACAGAUAUUCGCGACCUCGUCGAGCUAGUCAAAUCCCGGCGCGUAUCGAGCGAGGAGCUGACAACGGCGUUUUGUAAACGUGCUGCUAUUGCACAGCAGGUUACGAAGUGCUUGACGGAGAUUUUCUUUGACAAAGCUCUUAGGCGUGCCAAGGAGCUUGAUGAUCAUUUACUGCGUACUGGUGAGGUUGUUGGGCCUUUGCAUGGGGUUCCCGUCUCUGUGAAGGAUAGGUUUGAUGUUGAGGGGGUUGAUACAACUGUUGGUUGGGUGGGCCUGACCAACAAACCAGCCAAAUCUAAUAGUUCAAUCGCGAGCUUACUAGAGUCAAUGGGUGCAGUGUUGUAUGUCAAGACUAAUGUCCCACAAUCUCUAAUGAUGUCCGACUCGUACAAUCAUGUAUUCGGCCAAUCUGUAAACGCUUUCAACCAUGCCCUAAUAUCAGGCGGUAGCUCCGGUGGUGAAGGCGCCCUUGUCGGGUCUAGGGGCAGUGUCCUGGGAAUCGGUACUGACAUCGGUGGCUCGAUCCGAGUGCCUUCUAAUCUACAAGGUCUGUACUCUAUAUGUCCAACGACGGGACGAGUGCCCUGGGACUGCUCUUACUUACACCAGCGCUAUCUCAUACCACCCGUUGCCGGUCCAAUGGCCACAUCUCUCGCUACGACUGAAUACUUCAUGGAGAGUUUCCUUGCGUCCAGUCCGUGGGACUUAGAUCCAAGUGUGACUCCCAUCCCAUGGCGAAAAGAUCUCGCGACCCCAUCGGUGGGUCGCAAGUUAAAACUGGGCGUUGUAUUUGAUGACGGUGUUGUCAAGCCGCAACCGCCUGUUACAAGGGCUAUGCAUGAGACGGUGGAUGCAUUGAGAGCCGCUGGCCAUGAAGUGAUUGAAUGGGACACCUCCCUCCACAUCGCCAUCACCAAUCUAUGGACAAAAGGAAUCCUCGCCGAUGGUGGUCAGCACUGCCGUUCGCUUUGCAGCAUAGUCGACGAGCCCUUGAUUGAAGGCAUGAUUGUUGGCAAAGAGACCGAUCGUCUUUCACACGAGGAGCGGGAGCAGUUUGAAGCAACAAAGCUCACACUUCAAACCACGUUCCUGAAGCAAUGGGCUUCAUCGGGAAUAGACGCCCUCCUAAUGCCCGUCACCCCAUGGGUCGGGUACAAGCCCAAGACGUGGGUGAAGAGCAAGCAGUGGGUGGGAUACACGGCUAUGUGGAAUCUUCUGGAUUACGCAGCCGUGACUGUUCCUGUUGCGAGAGUGGAUCGGGGUCUUGACUCUGUUGGUAAUGGUAGUAAUGCUGAGUGGCAGGGACAUUCUAUCAGAGAUGAGUCGGAUGCUUUUAAUUAUUUGCAGUACGAUGUCAACCUUGUUCAUGGGAUGCCUAUCUGCGUGCAGAUUGUUGGGGGUCGAUUUGGAGAGGAAAAGGCCGUGGCGGUUGGGAAGGUCGUUGACGAGUUGAUGAACCUGACUCCCUUUCAUUCAUGA